GAAGAUGAGUAAUGCAAAUCAUAUCUUUCGAAUCGUCAAAAAGAAAUUGCAAUUGGAUUUUCAAAACAUCUGUGUCCCUUAGAAGAUUUUAAACUAAAAAGUAAUGUCAAUUUUUUUUACAAGAGUUGAUAUUUCCCUGACUAUCUUUAAAAAUAACUGAUAGUAGUGGAUAUCAUUAAUUUAAUAUUGUAAAUUCAUUAUUAUCCCCCUUAGGUGUUAAGUACCCCUAAUUUUUUUAUAAUAUUCAUUUAUAUCUAUGUCCAGUAUUUGCAAAAAUGAUUUUAACGUUUAUGUAGAAAAACUAUGGUCUAAAACAUCAAAAGUAAUAACAAAAAUAUUAAUUGAGGUAUAACGUUCAGAUUAAUAUUCAUUUUUUAAUUUUGAGAUGUAUGUCACCUUUCUACGCCAUGUAUCUUCUGCUUCAAAGGAGUAACCUGUCAAGUAAAUAUAAUAUAAACAUGUGUAUAACUAGCUUAAUUCAUUGAUAAUACUUUUGAAAGGAAACAAAAAAUAGGUAUUGCAAUCGCCCUGUGCUAAAUUAUUACAUUAUGUAUAUUAAAGGUGUACUCUUCAGGGAAAAACUCUAAUGCAGAUCACAUUUAUAAUGUGUUUAGUAGCAUAUAUCUUGAAAUGUGAAUUGUUUUCCGUGUGUGUAUCGUGGAGCUGUAGAUGACAAUGUUUGGUAUGACUAUGACGACCAUUAUUAUACAGUAGUUAAGAAUAAGUGUACCUCUUAGGAAUAUCUGGGUAAAGUAACAUUACACAAGAACACAUGAACAUUCUUAAUAUCUGUAUUAAUAUAGAUAUGUAAGUACUUUCUGGACCAUCCAUUUAAAUGGUGGUUCAUUAAAUAUAGGCAUUUUUUCUGAUUUUGUAGAAAUUCUUACUGCUUUAUUUCAUCAGAUUAAUGACGUUUUCGUCUAAUAUUGUGCGAAUUGUGCGUUUUAUAUAUUUACUGCUGUAGUUCAUAGUUUUACUAGAAAAGUAUUUUAAUAAAACGUUUCUAUUAAAAUGCUGUCAGUGCUUCUUAAAAUAUAAUGGUACAUGAAAUUAAUGUAUUCAAUGACCACGCGCGAUGUGUGACAAUGCGUGAGUAACAACAGCUUAACCACAGACCUGGGACUACGAGAGGUUCUACUUAGACAUUGGAUCACAAGUAUUUAUAUCAACACCUCUGUUAAGAUGAUCCAGUGAAUCUAUUAGUUGUAAUUUAGCAAAAGUAAGUCACGGGAACAACAAAAAAUAAAACCUGUUUGCUAUGAAGGUUGAACAAUUUGCGAAAAAGGCAUUAUUUAGUUAUUUUAAAUACUGCCUAUUGUAAUUUGCAUUCAAAUACUAAGAAAUUUUUGAAUAUAAUGAACAUUUUUGUCAUUCCAUCAAAGAACUUGAUAUUGAUUGUAACCCGAAAAAAAUAUUAGAAAAUAAAAAUAUAUUCAAAACCUUUUACAAUUAACAACUACAUGUACAUUUAUCUUAGAAGAAAUAGACAGGGUCAAAAUAGUUGGUUUUAAAUUUCCUGUCGGUAGAGCAAACAACUCAAGUGGGUAGACUGUUAUUUACCAUAGCAGUGUAAACAUGAACACGUGGCAAUGUAAACUGACCUCGACCUUUGUGUAGCUCAUUUCACGGUCAAGCAGACACAUGUUCUAGCGACAAUAUGGAGAAAGGAAUGGUAAGCGACAUUUGUAGUGUUGCGACCACAGCGUUCGCCGGCAUGUUUGCUGGUGGUGCUGUUGGUAGUACCGUAUUCACCAUGCCAGCCUUAAUGAAGAUUGAAGAUACAGCGGCAAUGCGGGUGGGCUGGAAGUACCACAUCCUCUGCGGGUCCAAGUAUAUGCCCAAACUUGCGAUGGCCAGCAUAGUGACCGGAAGUGCAGUUAGUUACCUUGAUGACACGGAUAACAGAUGGUAUUGGUUGGCCGGAGCAGGAGCCAUGUUAUCCGUCAUUCCAUUCACAAUAUUUGUAAUGCUUCCUGACAUGAACAAACUUCUCAAGGACGAUGUCAUCGAGCAGAGAGGUGAGGAGUGGGUUCGAAUAAAUAUCCACACAUGGGAGAGACGCCACUUGGUACGCGGUGUAGUGUCAUCAGCUGCAUUUGGGAUCUGUCUGUACGCCUUAUUACGAAGAAACUAAAUAUCUUAGAGCUAUAUUCAUAGUUGGCGUUGUCGAUAUCAAUGUGUGGCAUAUCAUGCGUAGUUCAAGUUAACUUUUACUUAUAGAAGUAGAACACCUUGUCUGUCUCGACAGGUGGAUCUGAACUCGACAACUACUACUGUGAUUUACUGCUGGAAGUUAAUCUACAGCUAGACGUAAUAUAUUAUUCACACAGGUAUGAUUUUUUGAUUUUUGAUUAUCUACAUGAGUAUAUACAUUGUAUGCGUGUUUGCGCUUGAUGAACAGUUUUCUGCUUUUCUGUAUUAUUUUUUUCACAAUUGUUUAUAAAUAUUCUCUAGAUAAAAUACAUAAAUACCUGUCAAUGUAUAUAAGUAUUUUCCAUGUCUUUUUAUUAAAAUCGUUUGUAGCAUUUAUUUAUGUUUCUUAAUUUACACUUUUAAUAUUAACCUAUUUUCUAUAAUAAACACCCCGUUAUAACUGAAUUGUUAUAUUAUUAUCGCUAAUGAUGUGAUACUGGUUUGUCCGAAUACUUACAAUAUGUAUGAUAUAUAUAUAUAUAUCAUUCAGUUAAUACAUAACUACAUAAAUACUGAUCCAACAAUAAAGUAAACUUAUGUGGCUAAUUUGUGCCAUUUCGUCCUUUCGUCGAGAUUGAAUGUUUUUUAUUCUCCUCCUUUCGUCGUUUCGUUCCUGUACUUCUUAAUCCACGUCAUUUCAUUUUCCUUUCGCACAUUUGAUAUGGAAAUGAACGAAUUAACGAGACUUAAGAAGUGAUAGCAUCGUCUUCCGGGUCAAAAGGACGAAAUGACUGCAAUCAGUCAAUAACCUUUACAACCAGAUAAAUGGGUAUAUGUUGGAAUUAUCCUUGUGGUUAUUGGACAUUUUCAUCACACACAUUGCAGACAUACAUUGUCCGAGAUACAUAAAUGAUAAAAGCAAAAUAGUUAUUGACAAUUUUUUUCUUCUAUAAAAUCUGUAAAUUAAACCCUAAGAAUAAAUAGUGUUUCGGUGACAUUUAUAAAUUUACACAUGUAGUCUUUUAUAAACUGACAUAUUUUGAUCAGCUUUAAAUCCUUUAAUGGAAUUAAUGUAGAUGCAACCUCUAGAAUUGUCUAAGAACGAGAUUUAUCUAAGUACUACUGUAGAUUUAUCUAAGUACUACUGUAGAUUUAUCUAAGUACUACUGAAGAUUUAUCGAAGUACUAGAUUUAUCUAAGUACUAGAUUUAUAUAAGUACUAGAUGUAUCAAAGUACUACUGUAGAAUUAUCUAAGUACUAGAUUUAUCUAAGUACUAGAUUUAUAUAAGUACUAGAUGUAUCUAAGUACUACUGUAGACUUAUCUAAGGGUUUUUGAAGACCAUGGCAAUAAGGCCUCACACGAGAUGAGUUUUCAUAUUUGUUCUGCUAGAGACAGAAAUUCGACAGCGAUGCAUCCCAUUUAGCUUUUGAAUGUAUUUCAAAGUCCAAAACCGUUUUGGCAGGCAAAUAUUCCCUGAAUAAUAUCUCAGUGGCGUUACAUCGAGUGUUCCAAUAAGUCUAUUUGUUCACAUUAAAUUCUCGUUGACAGUCAGCCUUUCUCCUUGAUCAACCACAGGUUAAUAAUGUCCAUGUGAAGUCAGAUCUGGUGGUUAGAGACGCCUAGGUGAUUCGGUGCCAUAUAUCGAAACUCACAAGUAACAGACACGAUGUAUCGACUGUUGUUGUGAUCCAAAGGUUUGAGAGAACAGCUAAGUUGUGUAAUUGAACAGUCUGUAACAACAUAGAAGGUAUCGAUAGACAGAUUGAUAAUGUAAAUUGAAUAAAAAAAA